CAUAUUCAUCACCUUUGACCUAAGCUGUCACGUGACCUACAAAACAGUAGCGGCCCCUCUUGCUAGCUGGCUGAAGCUAACCGGGAGGACUUAUGCGGACAUUUCCAAAUUGGAGACAUUUCACACAAUGAACCAGACUAAACAGGAGGAGGAAUAUGGAUACGACUUAUUCCCGGAGAGAAACCCGGGAGGGCACAAGAAAAUGUCAAUUGCAGAGAGCCUGUUCACUUUUAACAACAAGUGUCAGGUCAUGUUACAGUUUGCAGUGGAAACCAGUCCCUACGCCAAACUCCUCCUGAGUGCCAUGAAGAGUUCGGGAUGCCAAGUGCUUAAAGACCGGCACUUCUCCUGUGAGGACUGCGAUGGGACGGUCAGCGGCGGCUUCGAUGCAGCCUCGUCUCAGAUUGUUUUGUGUCAGAACAACAUCCACCAGCAGUCCCACAUGAACCGAGUGGUCACGCAUGAGCUCAUACACGCCUUUGACCACUGCCGGGCCCACGUGGACUGGUUCAACAACUUCAGACACCUGGCCUGUUCAGAGAUCCGGGCAGCUAACCUCAGUGGCGACUGCUCCUUCACCAACGAAGUUGCCAGAUUCAACUUCGGCUUAAAGCAGCACCAUCAGGAGUGCGUCCGAGGCCGCGCGCUUCGCUCCAUCCUGGCUGUGAGGAAAAUUAGCCGAGACGAGGCGGAGAAAAUAGUUGACGAGGUCUUCGAGCCGUGUUUCAAGGACCACGCGCCGUUCGGACGGAUCCCACACAGCAAGAAGGACGCCAAGUUUGCCUACAGAGCUUACAUGAACAGGGACCGAUAUUAUGCAAACCUUUAGUGUUAUCGCAUUUUCAUUAAACUCCCAAAAGGGUGCUCAGGAGGGCUGACUGGAGCUCGGCAAUGCGGUCAGCAUAAAAGCCUCAGCUGAACGACUGUGUGUUGAAUCAAUCAUAUCCCUUCAGAAAGGGAUUUUUAGACAAUGAUUUGUCCUUGGAAGAGGAAACAAAGGAAGGAGCUGCGUACAGCUACAUGCUACCUUCUGGACACUCAUUCAGAAUCAUGUAAGGACUGAUUUUACUCUGGAAGUAUUAGUGAUUUUUGUCCUCUGUUUUUAGGUGAUUAAUGGGUGCUGUUAAGGAAAUACACAAUUUCCUUUUUGUACAUCAGUGUGUGCUGUGAUGACAAAUAAGGAAGUAUUUCUCUUGGUGGCUCUUCAUCUUGUUGCCACAUUGACCUCCAUAAAUUUCCUCUAAAUAUACUUGAUUGUAUGUGUAUUAAACAGAAUCAAAUUGUAUGUAAAUUAAAGUUUAUUUCGUCUGGAAA